ACGUUUCCACUUUAUUUCUGCCAUGAGACGUACCAAUGAACACUUCCUUGCUUUUCUCUACGAUUGAAGUGACUAGACAAGCCUUUUACCGCUCUUCACUCACCUUUGCUAUCGUAAAUAUGAAGCCCCUCAUUCAGUCUGCUCUUGAGGUCCUGACAUCUUAUCAACUGCCGCAAAUGGUGAUGCUAUUAUGGUGCCAUCCACCGGUCCUCUCACGCUCAGAACGCAUGAACGCCGCUCUUUAACACCAACAUGACCAUCCUGGCUCAUGCACGCCUCGCUCGAAGACUCGCAUCUCGAGCUCAGUUCAGCACAGCACACCUCACAGCUCCUCUGGACAUCCACGUUCCAUCCAGCCUUAUCCACGCACAAACCCAUAGCAGCUCUCGAGACCACCCUCGUCACACACGGGUUCCCCUACCUGGCCAACUACACACACACGUCGGACCUCGAGGACAUCGUCAGAUCCAUGGUGCAUACUAACAAUUAUUGGGAUCAUCGGCGGACGCAUUCUCCUCCUCACCGUGCACGCCGCCAUCCACGGCACCUGAACGUUCAACAUCCACUAUGCUCUCAAAACUUCCUGCUACCACGACGCCUCUUGCUGGCAUUCCAAAAUGGUCCCUUCCUCCCGUGUACUACCCCUGCCGAGCUAUUCCUUGCAUCUUUUGAUCUGAAUUUGUUUUGCCCUACAAAGCUUCCCUCGACACCCUCGACGAUAUCAAAGACGUGCUAGAACUACUGAUUGCGAAUUGCACCUACCGGCAGGUGGCAGCCCGCAAUGUAAACAAGUUGUAUCCCUUUAAUCGAUGUCAUGGCUUUCAAUCGCAUUCCCAGACGACUGCAACCUAUUUCUCUCCCCUUCAUCCCGCUCCAAUACUGAAAUAUUAAUAUUUGAACAAACUUGUCUGCCCCUACUAUGAGGAGACGCCCUCAAUCCAAAGCAUAAGAACAUUCUUUACUCACCUCCCCUUGCGCUGCCUUUCCUGAUGUAUCU